AUGAGAAACCAAAAGAUAAAUUGGCAGAAUGUAGUGGGCGGGUGCAAUAUAAACUCUGAUAAGCAUCGCCACUGGCAUGAAACUGUAUUCGUAAUUGGAGCAGCUUUACCAAAGAACAAAAUCAUGUCUUCUGAAUUCCAUGCAUACAAGAGACGAUGGAUCUAUCUUUUCGUUGCUUGUUUAGUUAAUUUCUCGAAUGGAAACACAUGGAUCACAUACGCUCCAAUCACUUUUCAAACCAAUGAUUUCUAUGGUAAUUCGAAUGCAGCAUUGUUGUUUAACUUGAUAUUCAUGGCGUUAUCGAUACCCGUAGGAUUCCUGUCAUGUUGGUGGACUGAUCGAUAUGGUUUGCGGUCUGCGAUAUUGGCGAGCGUGUUUCAGUUUCAUAUUGGAGCAUGGACGAAUUUUAUCGGGAAUGUGAUUCGAGUUGCUGGAUCGGGUGAAUGGUUCUCUAAAAAUGUUCGAUUUCCAAUGGCGUUUACUGGACAAGCAGUUGCUGCUUUCGCUCAGCCAUUCGUCAUGUUUUUGCCGACGAAAUUGGCAGCAUUUUGGUUUCCUCCGGACCAAAGGGUCAUAGCCAAUACACUUUCGUCAAUGUCAAAUCCGAUUGGCAUCGCUGUUAUGUACUCUAUAUCGCCGCUGAUUGUAAACGAAUCACAUCCGAAUGCAUUUCCUUUGCUGGCAAGUUUGAAUGUUCUACCGAGUAAAAUAGAUCACCCAAAACUAGAAAAGCCAAUUUUAACCAAGAUAUCUAGUGGUGAUCUACGUGUUCCACCUGCAAUGAUGCUCAGCUCCUUCUCAUUUUCAUGUCUCAGAAAUGAAAAUCUAAAAUUUUGCAUAGCACUAGCGAUUCGUUUUCAGACUGGAGUAUGUGCUGGCUUAGCUACGGUCACUGCUGUUUUUACUUUAUUCAUCACUCGUUCCAAACCGCCGACUCCUGUUGCUGCUUCUAGGGAUUCUGAAGUUGAAGUGCCAGGAUUCUUGGAAGGAGUAAAAUUAUGCGCUCGUUCCAAAACAUAUUGGGUGCUAGCUGUUUGUUUGGGAGGCGGUGUUGGACUUUUCAAUGCCCUGUACAACAAUCUCCAGCCAGCUCUCUGCGUUUUGGGUUAUUCAGCAUCGUUCAGUGGAGGCAUGGGAACCCUCCUGAUUAUGAGCGGUCUUGUUGGUGCUGCGAUUACUGGUAUCUACGUGGACAUGACUGGACAAUUCGAAAAGACGAUGAAGGUGUCGUUUUUGCUUGCUGGUAUUGCUGCUUGCUCGUUGGCAGUUUCUAUAAAUUAUGAAGCAAUGCAGGGUUGGGUCGUUGCCUCUAUAUUUCUCUUUGGUGCGUUUGGAUUCGCUAUUUAUCCUAUCGGUCUUGAAAUGGGCUCAGAGGAUAUUGUGCAUGUGCUCCAGUAUAGAGUAUGUCAAUCUACGAGAUCGAGUGAAGCAAAAUUCUUUCUUCCUUUUUUACUUAAGCUUGGAGAAUCACCUUCGACAGGCAUCGCUUCUUUUUUCAGCCAGGUACAAGGCGUUAUCUAUGUUAUUCUAACAAACAUAUUCGUGGGUCAACCCGAUGCUCAUGAGCUGGCUGUACAGACAUGUGUCGACAAAAAUUCGAAUUUGAAGACUGUGGUAACCUGGAGUGUUCCGUUUCUGAUAUGGGCAGGAGGUGUUUGUUUGUUGAUUAUUCUAUUCGUCGGCCUUUUUUGGCCGAAAUACAAGCGACGUGACUAUGAAGCCCAGGCUAAGAGAGAUGUUUGCGGUUCAGUGAGUACCUACGAAGAGCGCUUUUAG